AUGGCCACCAAAAUAAUUCAGCUAAAGGAACCAGUCUUAUCACUUCCUAAAGUAGAUCUCAAGGCUGUUAUGACAAUUGCUGGCAGCGAUUCGUCAGGAGGAGCUGGGAUUGAGGCGGAUUUGAAGACAUUUAAUGCGUUUGGUGUAUAUGGAUUGACUUGUAUAGCAGCAUUAACUGCUCAGAAUACAACCGGUGUUCGAAGAUUUGAUAAAACUUCACAAAGGCUAAUAAAGGAAAUUUUAGCAGCUAAUUUGGAGGACAUGUUGUAUGGAUACACACGGGAAACUGCCCCUUUGAAAGUAAUCAAGACCGGAAUGCUCACAAAUGAAUCAAUUGCCGAAUUAAUCGAUCAAAUGCCAAGAAUAAACGAGUAUAAUGUGAAGUUGAUUGUGGAUCCUGUUAUGGUUAGCACAUCGGGAUCAAAAUUAUCAGACGACAAAGGCAUGAAACUAUGUGUUGAAAAAUUGAUGAAUCAGGCGUUUUUGGUAACACCCAAUUUUCCCGAAGCAUUGGCAUUAUAUGAGUUGACAAAUCGCGUUGAUAGAAAAAUAACUAUACAUUCAAUGUAUGAUUUCAUUGACUUUGUAAUCUCACUACAAAAGUCUUUGGGAUGCAAAAACAUACUUGUUAAAGGUGGACAUAUUCCUUUUACCGAAAACAAUCAACCAGCAACAGAUUAUAACAAUAAUAAUACCCAAAUCAGAGAUGUAUUAUAUGAAAGCGAACAUGAAAGAGUUACAGUCUUUGAAUCUACGUAUAUUGAUUCGAAGGAUAACCAUGGCAGUGGAUGCACUUUGGCAUCAGCAAUUUCAGCUAAUAUUACCAAGGGUUUGCUGUUGGAAGAUUCAAUUUUGAUAUCAAUCGAUUUCAUUCAUCGUGGAAUGAUUAGUCUGGAAAAUAAGUUAGGCUUUGGUAGUGGUCCGUUGAACCAUACAAUUGCUCCUGCCCAUGUUGCCAGUUCUAUUAUCAAGACCACAGAAAGUAUUGUUGGACAAAUGGCAAAUCAGUCUGGAAAGUUCUUAGAUUACCUUAUUAAUCAUCCAGAUGUAAAGAACAAUUGGAGAAAGUACACGGAGCACAGGUUUGUCAAAGAUCUAGCAGAAAACAAUCUUCCAUUUAACAAAUUCUUGUAUUUUCUUAAACAGGAUUACCAUUACCUAGUGAACUAUGCUCAAAUGCACGGCCUUGCUGCUUCAUUGGCACCAACAUAUCAGCAAACGCAUGCACAAGCAACAAUUAUCGCUGAAAUAGUGGAGGAAAUAGAAAGACAUAAACAGAAACUUUCAGCAACAUACAAUAUCAAUUACGAGACUGAUUUGGAUUUGGAUUUAGAAUUAUCACCAGGACCCGCCUGCUUGGCAUACUGCAACUACUUGCUUGAAGUUGGCAAAAAAGAAGACUUUUUGGGUCUUAAAGUUGCUCUUGCGCCCUGUUUACAUGGGUAUUCUGAGGCCGCUAUUAAAGGUCAAAAAAUACGUAGACACCAGGUAAAUUUUGGAGUUGUUAAUAAAGAAGAAGCUGCAGUAUAUCAAACUUGGUUAGACGAUUACACGUCAGAUUGGUACACGCAUGCAGAAUCAGAAGGAAGAAUGGCCCUACAGCUGUUGAUCAAAUCAAUGCUGCCAAACGAAAAAAGAGUAGAAGAAUUGGUUCAAAUUUUUAAUAAAGUCACCUUAUUGGAAAUUGACUUCUGGAAUGAGGUCUUGAAUAUAGAAAAUUCUUGA